AUGGCUGUUAGGAGAAACAGCUUCGCCAAAACUGCACACCAGCGUGACGCUCGAGGGAAUCGCGGGAAGCGAGAAGAACCACAUGCUAUGUUGGUUAUGUCGUCUGAACCUCUCAGGCUCGUUCCAAAGGCAAUUUACGAUUACCUGCUCACAUUUGAGGAUGAACGCACAUUGAUAUGGCAAUCAGAGUGGUCUUUCAUUAAGGUCGUGUUCCUCAUUACUCGCUAUUUUCCUAUCGUAGAUCUGUCGAUGACAACCUCGUACUAUUUCAAGAGCCUGAACCCUGAUGAAUGUCACCGAGAUAUAAAGCCAUUGGGCAUCUCACCAACACCGGUAUCUGCAUUGCAGAACUCAUCCCGAUCAUGGGCUGUUAUUAACUUUGGCAUCGAUGUCGUAAUCAUUACCGUCUACUUCAAUUCCACUCACUUCACACCAUUACCGGCAGGAGUUCCUGGCUGCCUUGUUAGUAAUGGCAACUCUCUCCUUGCUGGGUCAUGGAUCAUUUUUAUGGUCUUCGAAGCUGGAAUCCUCGGCAUGACAUUGCUAAAGGGCAUUCAACUGUAUCAAGAAUGCAAGGACAAGAGACUACGAAACUCAGCACUGUUUAAUGCGAUCUUCACAAACGGUGCGAUCUUUUACGUUUACAUAUUCGGGCUUUUCGUUGCAAACGUGAUUGUUGUUGCGAGUUUUUCGCAUGACUUCGCAGCACUUCUUGCAAGUGUUGAACGCGUUGCACAUGCAGUCUUAGCGGAACGACUACUUAUUACCCUCCGCAGAGCGGCAAGGAACAAGUUGGACGAGGAUAACUUGGAAGGACUUGAGACAUUGCAGUUCGAUCAGAAUGAUAGAGAUACUAUCGAUACUGAAGUUAGAAUUAGCACCUUUUCUGAGGACUUAGCAUCGACCUGA